AUGAAUAUGGGGACAUCGGUUCGACGAAAUCUUUUCCACCAGAACCUGAGCCGCCGACCUGCAUCUGCAGGACCUCCCAAUGGGGCCGUACCGCCCGGGCAUAAUGGCCUCUCAAACCGCCCGUCCAACAGGCUGAAGCCAACCGUCUCUGAUCCCUCCUCCACUCGAAGCACGAAGUUGGCAGAGAACAAGGACAUUGUGGUACGCGAUAAGAAUGGAGGCUACAAGCUUGACAUGCCUGCUUUACCGAGCAGAAGCAUUGUUGGUGAUAAUGGUGAAGAGUUGGAUGAGCUUGAGGCCGGCGAAACAAGCUUUGAGUCAUUGGACAUGGAACGGGAGAAAGAAAAUUACGAGGCCGCGCUGGUCGAGAUGAUGAUCCGCCAUCGCAACAGACAGUCGAGUGGUGAGCCUGAUGAAAUUCUCAAUAUUGUACAUCAGAGUUUGCUCAAAAAGGCCAGUUCCUUGGACGACGACAAUUGGAUGUUCGAGCCAGAAAUCCAGACACGAGUCUAG